GCUCAGAGUGCCCCUCCUGCCUUAGAUUGGACGGAGUUCGUGGCUGCGCUGGCAGAUUUGGGCGACCCCAAGGCCGAGACUUUCUUGCGGCGAGGUUUCGAUGCCGCUGAUUCUGAUGGGGACGGCCUCCUGGGCAUGAAGGAGUUGGCUUCCCUCAUGCAUGCGGAUCACACUCGACACGCACUGCUGCUGCAGGAGUACAUGGUGGCCCUCUGCGGCCGGGAUAGUCCAGGAGCUCGUUUUGAUUGGGAUGCCUUCCGAGCCCACUUUCGGAGCCCUGCUGAGGAGCGCGAACCCAGGGCAGGUGCUGACCA